AUGAGCGGCGACAGCCCCGGCACCAGUCGGGUGUCAUUGGGAGACCUGACCGAGUACGACACCCUCAUCCUCCCCACGGGGGACUCCCCCUCCCCGGCGCGCUCUGAGCCCCCCCCGCCGCCGCUCACGUCCCAGGACGUCUCCGCGGCGGCCGCGGCGACCAUGCUGGCCUUUGCGGAGAUGCCCUACUCCGCCACCGGCCAGUCCCUGCACGAGGCCGGCACGGCGGGGACCCUGGCGGGGGUGAAGCGGCCCAACCCCGAGCCCGACAGCGGGGCCGGGGCCUGGACGCCCAGGAGCCCCACCGCGCCGGCGCCGGACCCCGGCGGCCCGGCCGCCGCCAGCAGUGCAGGGGGGUUGCCUUCCGGCGCGGGGGGCACCGGCCUGGGGUCGGCCGCGCUGGAGCACUCGGGCACGGCCGGGUCGGUGGAGAGCGGGGAGCAGGGCGGCAGGAAAGCGCGGCUGGUGUGGACCCAGGAGCUGCACAACCGCUUCAUCAACGCGCUGAGCCACCUGGGUCUGAAGCAGGCCGUCCCGAAAAACAUCCUCACCAUGAUGAAUGUGGACGGCAUGACGCGCGAGAACGUUGCCAGCCACUUGCAGAAGUACCGCCUGUACCUCAAGAAGAUCGGGGGCUUCACGGACCGGGAACGCGUGGACAGCGCAGCGCUGCAGCGCAUCCACGAGCAGAACGUUGCGCAGAUGGCCGCGCAGCAGGCGAUGCAGCAGUCUCUGGCCGCGGGCGGCGGCAUGCGCUACGGCGGCCCCAGCGGCCUGCCCCCCGCCGCCGCCUAUGGCUACGGCGGCCACGUCGGCGGCGCGGCAGACCCGGGCCCCCACGUCGCCCGCGCCGACGCGGUGCAUGUGGCCCGGGCUGUGGCCGGCCUGGAGCCGGGGGGUGCAGUUCAGCACGGCCAUGCAGGAACCGGAGUGGAAGUCUCCACCAUGAAGACCAUCCAGUCUCGGCACGCCGGUCCCAUCGGACAUGUGCAGUCGGGUCGCCGAUCGGCGGGGCGCGCGGGAUCCCGCAUGGCGACCCCCGUGGCCGCAGCUACCGUCGCAGCCCCUCGCUCGGCCCUCAACCUCUCCCCCACCAUCAUUCGACAGGAGGUGCUCCACUCCGCCAGCGCCCAGCAACUAGACUGCGUGGCCUCCCUGGCGCCCGUCUUCGAGUCCCAGAUCCUCCCCCUCCUGACGCCCGUGGACGAGAUGUGGCAGCCCACCGACUUCCUCCCCGCCUCGAACUCGGAGGCAUUCUUCGACCAGAUCGGCGACCUGCGGGCGCGAUCGGCGGCCAUCCCCGACGACCUGCUGGUCUGCCUGGUGGGGGACAUGAUCACGGAGGAGGCCCUGCCCACCUACAUGGCCAUGCUGAACACCCUGGACGUCGUGCGCGAUGAGACAGGGCACAGCCAGCACCCCUACGCCAAGUGGACCAGGUGCGCGCCUCGACCCCAGGGCCACGAGAACCGCCAUGGCGACCUGCUGAACAAGUACAUGUGGCUGACGGGGCGGGUGGACAUGCUGGCGGUGGAGCGCACCAUCCAGCGCCUCAUCUCAUCGGGCAUGGACCCGGGCACGGAGAACCACCCCUACCACGCCUUUGUGUUCACCAGCUUCCAGGAGCGCGCCACCAAGCUGAGCCACGGCUCCACCGCCCGCCUGGCGGUCGCCGCCGGGGACGAGGCCCUGGCCAAGAUCUGCGGGACCAUUGCGCGGGACGAGUCGCGCCACGAGGCGGCGUACACGCGGACCAUGGAUGCCAUCUUCCAGCGCGACCCCAGCGGGGCCAUGGUGGCGUUUGCGCACAUGAUGAUGCGCAAGAUCACCAUGCCCGCCCACCUCAUGGACGACGGCCAGCACGGCGCGCGCAACGGGGGGCGCAACUUGUUCGACGACUUUGCGGCAGUGGCGGAGCGGGCAGGGGUGUACACCGCCGGCGACUACAUCGGCAUCCUGCGCCACCUCAUCCGGCGCUGGGACGUGGAGGGCAAGACGGGGCUGACCCCGGAGGGCCGCGCCGCCCAGGAGCUGCUCUGCUCUCUGCCCGCGCGGUUCGAGAAGCUGGCGCAGCGCAAGGCCAAGAAGGCGGAGGCCGCGCCGCCCGCGGCCGUGGAGUUCUCCUGGAUCUUCAACAGGCCCGUGUAUGCCUGA